AUGAUUCUUCCUCCUUUCGAUUUCACCAUUUUCCCAAGAAAAUGAACUUUUUCAAUGAAAGUUCAGCCUUUUCCUCCCUUCAUAUCCAAACGCCUCCCCACUACUAUAUAUGUAUGACCCAUCUCAUUUCUCCACCCCCACCAUUGCACGCCUCCCUCUUCUAUGUUUACUCAUUGCUUCAGACUACCCCUUCUGCCUGAACCAAUUUUCUCUAACCCCAAUCAGCAAAAAAUGGCACCUUCCCUCCACAGUUCAAGAACCAACGCCGCCCAGACAAACCCAAUUUCCUGCGAUCCAAACAGGUCCCAAAUCGACAAUCACGUAUACAAUUACCAGAAAUUAUGCUCACCCAUCAGCCAAAACCAGCCAAAACCCAUCUGCACGCGCCCGGACGUUGAUCUCGAUGAAGGUGGAGAUGAUCUGUGGCUGAGAAUGAAAGAUGAAGCUAAAUCGGGCGUUGAACAAGAACCCAUAUUGUCAAGUUACUAUUAUGGUUCAAUCUUGUCUCGUGAUUCACUAUCAAGUGCUCUAGCCAAUCAUUUGUCAGUUAAGCUAAGCAAUUCUAGCCUUCCCCUUGGUACCCUCUAUGAUCUUUUCCUGGGGUUGCUUGUAGAGGAUCAAGAAAUUAUGAGAGCAGUUCAAGAUGAUUUGAGGGCAGUGAAAGAGAGGGACCCUGCUUGUAUCAGUUACGUCCAGUGUUUCUUGAAUUUCAAAGGGUUUAUAGCGUGCCAGGCUCAUAGGGUGGCACAUAAGUUGUGGUCGCAGGGGAGGAAAACCCUGGCACUUGUGAUACAGAACAGGGUUUCUGAGGUUUUUGCGGUGGAUAUCCACCCCGGGGCGAAGAUUGGACGGGGGAUAUUGCUCGAUCACGCGACCGGAGUGGUGAUCGGAGAGACCGCGGUGAUCGGAGACUAUGUGUCAAUCUUGCAUAAUGUGACUUUGGGUGGCACUGGGAAGGCUAGUGGAGAUAGGCAUCCAAAAAUUGGGGAUGGGGUUUUGAUAGGAGCAGGGACUUGUAUUUUGGGCAAUAUUAGGAUUGGGGAUGGGGCUAAGGUUGGGGCAGGGUCAGUGGUGUUGAAGGAGGUGCCACCAAGGACUACUGCUGUUGGGAACCCUGCUAGGCUUAUUGGAGGGAUGGAGAACCCUAUUAGGCUUGAUAAGAUUCCUAGUUUUACCAUGGACCAUACUUCACAUAUUUCUUAUGCGCCUGAUUAUGUUAUUUAGAGUCCCAUUGGAUCAUGAUCACAGAUGUUAUGAGCCCCCGGAAGCGGUGUAUCGUGCAGAUUCAAAGUUGGUGUGAUAUAGGCUACUGCACUCGAAACAUAACCGAUCCGUAAGUUCUACUACUAUUUACUUAUCUGGGUAAGUAGUAUUGUUGUUAUAACUUUCUAGGAAGUUUGGCGGGUUUUUGUUUGUGUUCUUCGUGAGAACAGAAGUUCUCCUGUUAGCAAGCAGGAUUCCUUUUUAACUAAUAAUGCAUGUACACUUGAUGAAUAAGCUGUUUGGUCUUGGAAUUUCUUGUUUUCACUAUUAGGUUAGUCUCAAACAUGUUGACAAGGCCCACUAUGUACUAUUGGAUUGGUAUCAAAUGAGAAUGAUUUCUUGUCA